GGUAUUACUGUUACUCUACAAAAUGAAAAAUUUGUUAACUACGCGAUCGACUAUUCUUCCAAUUUCCUUAACAACCAGACAUGGUGUUUCUCUACAUACACAGUCAAAUGCAUUAUAUACUACUAGAUCUCGUCGUUUAUUUGGUCGUUUAAUGAAUGUACGAUAUGUGGAAGAACUGGAAGCUAAACUGCCAGGUCCUAUAUAUUCAUUAGUAAAAUGGUGGUCUAAAAUAAGACCUUUUAAAGUAGAACUAGCAGAUCUUCAUCGUCGUGUUCUACGUAAUAAAGAAGGAUUUGAUACAAAAGUUCAUUCAAGAACACGUUAUUUUGUUAGAUUUCCAUUUUUAACAGAUGAAGAAUUUUCGAAGUGGUUAGUUACUUGUGACAGUAGCCAUGGUGAGGGUUAUUCAUGGGCUGAAUUUGUGCGGUCGUCUAGAACAGCUGCGGGGUGUGCUAAUGCUUUGGGCUUAAAUGAAAGUGUUUAUCCAGAUAGUGCAACAACAUCAGGAAACAGUAAUGAAGCAGGAGAAAAAAUAACAACCUCGAUAAUAUCAUCAUUUGACGACCCAAACAAAGAUCAUGAAUUUGGUUAUACCCACCCAGCUUCAUAUCCAAAAUUCUUAUAUCGACCUGGUGGUAAACAGGCGAGUUCAGCAGCUAUUGUCAUGACAUCCUCUGAUCCAAAGUUUAAAGGUUACGGUCAUUUUCGUGGUUUCAUUAGUACACGUGUGCCUAAACGAGGUGAUCUUGUUCGUGCAGGUUUUGCAAAUCUACGCAGUCCAGAAAGUCACUUAUUUGGAUGUGUUAUGCCUUAUGGUUUUGAAGCUUACUCACAUUUAAUUAUCAGAUAUCGUGGAGAUGGUCGAAAAUAUCAAAUUGUUGUGCUACCUCGUGCACGAUGGGAUUUUAACCGUUUUAAUACACACCAAUUUACAUUGUACACUCGAGGUGGACCAUAUUGGCAAAUAGCUAAAAUCCCAUUAUCUAAAUUUUAUCACAGUAGUUCAAAUAUUAUACAUAAUAGACAAUUUCCUGCGAAUCUAGGAAAUAUGCGUCUUCUUUCAUUUACUUUAAUGGAUGAUAUUGAGGGGCCGUUUAGUUUGGAGUUGGACUAUAUCGGUUUAUAUUUUGAUGAACAACAGAAUGAAGUCUUUGAUUAUGAAAUAUAUAGUAAAUCAGGAGCAGUACACUAAAUUAUACUUUAUGCUUAAGUCAUUUGCGGAUUGUAAAUAAAUCGUCUUAUUCUAAAAAAAAUUUUUAACCGGAGAUACUCUAUCCUUCAAUUUUCU